AUGUUAUUUUUAUUCAUAAUUGUUGGAUUUCAUUUUCUUCUAUAAGACUCAAAAGCAACAGCUUGUGAAACAAAAUAUGUAUAAUCAAAAAUAACUUGCCAUUUCAAAUAAACAGAUUGUUAUAUACUAGAAGGUGAUGAGGAAGAUUACUACAAACUUAAAAGUAUUGAUAAAAACAUUAUAGAAAAAUCCUUUACUAUUUCUUAUAAAAUUGAGCCUAUUUAAGUAAAAAUAUUCAAAUUAUUUGAAUAAGAGAUCUCAAAGAAACUAAUUUGCUAAUUUUUAAAAAAUUAGAAAUAUUAUAUAUCAUGUACAACAUUUGAUACAUUAAAUUAUGGUUAAAAUCAUCAUUUAUAAGAGAGUAUUCGAAUAGAGACAAAUAUUUUAUCAAAUGAAAAUUGCGAUGAAAUAUUUUAAUUGAAUGAUGGAAGAAUAAUUAUAUUUUGCAUGACAUAGUCUCAUCUAAGAUAAUAUUCUGUAGGUCUAGAUGGAGAUGCAAGACUGAUGCUUGAAUAUGAAGUCGUAGAUUAAAUUUAAGAUUAGUGCAAGAAGACUCUGUAUAAUAUAAAAAGGAAAAAUCAAUUUAUAACAGCAUUUUUCCAAUGUUCGCGAUGGAAAAUAUUUCUAAUUAAUAAUCUACAUAUCACAAUUAUUUUGGAAACUAAAAUGAAAGAUGAAUAUCCAUCCCUAAAAUAUUUUUCUAAAAUAAAUGAUAUAUCAAUAUGCUGGUUAACAGCGCAAACACUCUACAUUUUUGAAGGUAAGCAUUAACUUCUUGUUAAUUAUGAUUCAAUUUAUUCGUAAACUUUUACAUUAUCAAAGAGUGAGCAUUAAAUUUUAAAAAUAAUACUAUUAAAAGUUUGUUCAAAUAAUAUACUCAUUACAUAUUCAAAUGAGUCCAAUUUCUAACCUUUUCAAAAAACAGAAAGGGAGAUUAUCAUAAAUUAAACUUUUGAAGCAGGAAAUAUUCAUUUCUUUUCUGAUUAUAUCUUUUUUUAAAAUGAAACUUCCCUAUUAAUUAGGAUAGAUUAUCAUUUAAUUUAAACUUAUGAAAUUCUAAACACAACUUUAAAUUUCUUCGAAUAGGAUAAACUAUUUUACCAAAUCGAUUUGUCAAAUAAUUUGAUAUAAUUUUAUAGAUAUUUUCCAAUGAGUGGUUUCAUUGAACCUAAAAAAAAAUUUAUCUACAUUAUUUUUAAAUUAGAAGUGAUUCUCCCUUAAUAAUUAGAUUAGUGUUUCAGAAUUUAAUAUGGAAAUAAAUCGAAUGAAAGGAUAAAACAUGUAGAAGAGAUCGAAAUCUAGAGAAAUUGUUAUCUUAAGCAAGAAGUAGUAUUAAAUUUUAAACGAUAUAAUUCCUAUUUACAAUAAGAGUUUUCUAUUUAGAAUAAUCAUAAUGAGGUUAUUAAUUUGAGUAUUUGGAAUGAGGCAAUGGAGGAUGUGAAGUGUUACUAACGAGUAAAAAGUUAUGAGUUUAAAAAUAAAACCUAACUAAAAUCUAAACAUCAUCAUUAUUUAGUUUUUCAGAAUGACUACUUGAUAUAUUUACAUAAUUGUAUCCAAAACAAGAUUGAAAUGAUCAUAAACACAAAUGAGUUUGAAGUAUUUCGGUUUCAUGAGGACUAUUAUCUAAUUGAUAAAAAGAAUCAAUAGUUAAAAGUGAUUUCAUUUGCUUUAAACCAAAUAAGCUAAAUUGUAUUAUAUGAUCAUAUAGAAAUAACAAAAGCCUAAUAAGUUUAGUAAUAACUCUUCCUAUAUACGAAAAAUAAUACAUCCCCAAUAAUAAUUUCUAAAGUUUCAUUCUUAUAUACUACCAAUUAUCUUUCUAAAGUUUAUGUUUAGCCAGAAUAAAUUACAUAUUAUCAAAAGCUUGGAGGUUAUACAUUUUUUUAAUAUCCUAAUAUUUUAGCCUAUGAAUUUUAGGGAGAUGUUUUAUGUUUUGAUAUUUCAAACCUCGUUAUUAUAUCAAUUAAAAUAUGGAUAAAGAACUUGUAUUAAAUUAUUGCAGUACAAAAUGAAACUAACUCAGUCCUUCUUUAUUAUACUAAUCUAAUUGAAUUACAUUAAAUCUACAAUUAUACUCUUAAAGAAUAUUAAUUCUCAAAUCCUCUAAAGUACUCUUAUGCCAAUUUAAAAUUAGUGAUUUUAACAGAGCAGCAUUCAACUUUUUUUCUAGCUCUUUUCUCCCAGUCUGAUGAGUCAAUUACUUUGAUGGAUAUUAUCAAUACUGAUGAUACCUAUUUUGAAAUUCUUGAGUAUACUUUAUUUUAUUUGAAAAAUGGGUAAAUGAAGUAAUAUUACAUGACUGGAGUGGAUGCAUUAAUCAAUACCAAUAUUAGUUUUCAAAAAAACAUUUUUGAAUAUUAUAAUUUUACACUGAAACCAGCUUUAAAAGGUAACGAUGACCUUAACCUAAAACUCAAGUUGAUAAACGAAUGCUAUCAAUUAUUUUGUAGAAAAAAUUCAAUUUCUUUAAGGUUAUAAAAGGAUUAAAAAUUAUAUCUAAAGAUUCCUGAGAUGUUUUAUGGUCCAAUAAAUAAUUUAACAAUCCAAAGUAAUCAAAAUAUUUAUUUGAAAAAUCCUUUUAAUUAUAUAUCCUAAAUCAAUAAAUGUUAUGUAGAUUAAUUUAUUUGUAUUUAAGAAUUCCACUUUGAAUCAUAAAAUUCAAUAUCUAAAACAGAAUAUCAAUUUUUUGUGAUCAUUUUGAAUAAUAAAACUGUAUUUCAUUUAUUAUAGCCGCCUAUAGAUGAUUUGCUCAAUUGGAUAUUUUGGAUAUCAGAUUAUAAUUUUAUACGGCUUUAUUCAUAAGAUAAGAGUCUAUAAAUUGGCUUACUAUAAUGCAAUCUUGAGCUGAAUAGAAAUUGUAAAGAAAUUAAGACAUCGACCAUAGGUAUAAAUCCUGUAACACCUUUAAGUUUUAGUAUCAUAAAAAUCCAAAAUUUGAUUAGAAUAUCCAAUGAUGCUCAAUAGAUUUAUUUGUAUAUUUGUAAUUAGAAUUUUACUAUCAUUAACAUUACAGAUUAUAAUUUGGAUAUUAAAUACAUUGAGAACUCUAAAGAUUUGUUUAUCGGUGUAUCAAAAUUUGAUGAAGUAGAAUAAUCCUUAAGAAAAUUACGAAUUUAUUAAAUUCAUUUUAAUGGGUAUGUAGAGAUAUUCUCAGAUAUAAUCACCAAAAAAAUUGAAAACCUAUUACCUUUUUAUAACAAAUUGUUAAAUAUAUCUUUAAUUUCAUGUAGGUAAACAGAAAAUAUAAUAGUAGCUAACAUUUUGGUUUAGCAUCUCUAUACCUUUUUUACGGUCAAGAUUUAGAUUGAUAUUUAAAAUGGAUUUUUUAUUUCUUUUGAUUUGUAAAAACAGAUUAGAAACCAGCUAUGGGAUUCAAAUUUCAUCAUCAACUAUUUAGAUGACGACUAUUUAAUUUUGAACUCGAUUUCGGCUGAUGCCACCAUUUUAUUUGAUUUAUCAGAGGAAAGAUUAUUUUAUGAUUAUUGCUAUCUCCAAAAUAAUCAUAUAUAAAUCACAAGAGUCAAUACUACACAUUUUAUUUUUAGGAAUAACUCAACGAUUCAUAUAGGGAUGAUAUAAAAUUAUGAGAUCGAUCUAAGAGAAAUUGAUGAUAAAAAUUUCAACUUUAUCUUAAAUGCCUAAAAUCAAAUAUCUGAAGCUUAAAUUUCAAUUCAUGUAGAAGUAACUUCAGACGGUUAAGAUAAGAGCAUUAUACUGAUUUAACUCAUCAAUAUGAUUUUUAUUCUAUUGUAAUUAAGACUUGGGUAGAGUUUAAAUAGAUAAAAGAAAUAAACAACAUUAAGAAUUUAAUAAUAAAAUUAUAUAAUAUGA